ACCACGCACACGCCCGGCUAUGAGAUGACUGACUGACGGACGGGCAGACAGACAGACAGACGAACAGGGACGCCGGGCUCUGGACGGAUUAGUCACUCCACACCAGGGACACGCAGGAAACCACUCGCCUACCCCGCGGGCCGGGGGGGCAGCAGGGUCCCCAGCCCCCGCCGGUGGACGGCGAGCGCCCCGAGUGCCGGAGGAGCCUGACCAGUCAAUGAAAGAGGAGAUCCACGGCUCCAUCUGCUGGCAUUCACACCCACCAGCAAGAGUGGCUCUUCACUGAAUGCACUUCACUCCGGCACACUUGUAUUAAUUUAUUGGCUGUGAAGAGCCACGGACACUUUGUGCCCUGAUGGGGGACUCAGGAUCCAGACGAUCGACUCUAGUAUCUCGGUUGCCAAUAUUCAGGAGAAGUGGUAGCCGGAGACACGACUCUCUUCCCUCCUCACCUUCUUCUGCUAAUGCCAUUGGUGCCCACACAUCCUCCCCAUCCAGCACUAACUCCAGCUCAGGGAGCACAGGCAAGCGCCGGAGUAUCUUCCGCACUCCUUCCAUUAGCUUCCAUAACAAGAAAGGAAGUGAGCAGAAGCCUGACUCUGCUAGUCAAAAUGUUAAUGUCACAAAUGGUGCCCAGUCUUCUCUCAGCGCUUUUCAAAAACUGAGCUUAGAGGAGCACAUUAAAAGCAGAGGAAGACAUUCAGUUGGCUUUGGCAGCUCACGUAGCAAGAAGAUAACAAGGUCUUUGACAGACGAUUUUGAAAAGGGAAAGGAGCCUUCAGCUAAUAAGAAUGUCUUUAUAAAUUGCAUAAGCUCUGGGAAGAAUGAGGGUGAUGAUUCAGGCUUUGCAGAGGAGCAGAGCCGAUACUCUGUCAAACAUUCCACACGGAAACUUCUCCCUAAAUCUUUUUCUUCACACUACAAAUUUUCUAAACCAGUACCAGAGAGUCAGUCUGUUUCCUCUGUGCAGCAGUCCAGGUGUUUGCUAGACAUUAAAUCAUAUGUGGAAAGUGAACCUGUGAUCACCAAGUCCUCUCCUUCAUGCUCAGCUGAGACAACAGAGUGCAUGGGAAGCUCCUUACAGUCCCCACUGCUCUCAACUGACCUUACAGCUGCCCAGACGCCCUCUGACUUUGUUGCCCUGACAGAGGAUUCUGUUUCGGAGGCCGAUGCUCUGGCCAGCAACGGGACUGGGGUGCUGCUUGCAGAAGAUUUUGGCCACAGUGUCUCUACCUCUCAGAUCCUUAAUCCUGUUGCUGCUCCUGCGGGGGAAAUGGAUUUUGUAGAAAGUACUGGCCAUUCUACUGGUGUAUCUCUUGUGAGUCCUGCAAGCUUGUGUAGCGUUGACUCUAGUACCUUAUUCAAAGCCUCAGCUCCUAGUCAAACAAAAAUGUCGUUGCAAGCCAAUGAACUACAUAUCAACAAUGCCAGGCACAUAGGAGAAAUUAACUCUGCAGACACACAUUUAGAAAACUUCAAGUUACAGCUUAGAGAAGAACCAGGGAUACCCUCUUCAAAGGCACAGGGAUUGAGUGGGAACAGAGAUGUAAGCACACCGUCCAAGCACACAGGAGGGAUAGUUCCUGUAGAGGAGUCUGAGAUCGUUCCAUGUUCUGAACCUCAGUCCUUUAAACCACAACAGGGUUAUGAAACAAACUGUUCUAAAGUUGAUCUUGCCAAUAGCUUCAGUCCAUACCGAGAAGGCAGAUUUGUUGAGAAGCGACUGAGAUCCUCUUCAGAAGGUACUGCUGGAGGCAGUCGGCUGAUCAUAAAACCGAAGGCUGGAAAUACAGAAGAGCUUAACAGCCUACGGAAGCAGAGAGCAAGCUCAUCCUCUUCAAAAAUGAAUAGCAUGGAUGUUUUGAAUAACUUGGGUUCCUGUGAGUUGGAUGAAGAUGACCUCAUGCUUGACUUGGAGUUCCUAGAAGAACAACAUCACCAUCAUUCUGUUUGCCGGGAAGACUCAUACCAGUCGAUAGUCUCAUGUGCUGCUGUCGUACUUACCCCUGUAGAGUCAGCAGUGGAUACAAGGAAAAAAGAACAGACAAUAAUGCCUGAUGUGUCUAAAAAGAACCUGUCUCUGAAGCUGUCCAAGGAAGUAGACCAAGGAGAAGCAAGGUAUCCUCGUGUUAGCCAGCUGGCUGGCAGCCCAUCUGUGGACUGGCCUUAUACUGGUCUGGAAGAAGGUGGAGGCAUUGAAUCAUUGCCCUUCAGAUUGAUGCUGCAAGAUUGCACAGCUGUAAAGACAUUGCUUCUGAAAAUGAAGAGGGUUCUUCAAGAGAGUACGGACAUGAGUCCAGCUACUAGCACCACCUCACUCCCUGUUAGCCCUCUUCCUGAGGAGCCAUUAUUUUUCAAGGAUGGAAUAAAAGAUGAAUGCUCAGUGCUGAAGCUGCAGCUGAAGGAGAGAGAUGAACUCAUAGCCCAACUUCGUGAGGAUCUUGAAAAGGCUCAGUGCUUUCAGAAGGCUCUUGCUUCUCAAGCAGAUAAAUCCACUCAGACAGAACUCGUGGGCCAUGAUGCCCCGUGGAAUUCUUCAUGUUCUGAAGGCUUACUUUACAAACCUAUCAGCAUUUCAUUGGUUCCAUCAUUAUUAAAUUAAAACCCAACAUCUGGACACUCUUCACUUAUGGAUUUAAUUAAAUGCUGCUGUAUAUGAAAGAGCUGCAAGUUACCAUUACUGGCAAAAUUCUACUACUUAACAUGAUAUUUGCAUUAUCAACCAUCAAACAUCACUUCUUUGGCAGUAAUAUCUUCAUUAUUUUAUAUACCUAUGAAUAAAUUAUUAGUAAGCUUUUGCAAAAUUAUUAUCUCAA